AUGAAAUCCAAGGCAAGGCGUGAGAUGAAAAUUGAAAAGUUACAAGAUUUUUUAGAGGAAAAUUAUCCUAAGAUUUCUUCUUUGGAUAUAAUAAAAAUGAAAUCAAAUAAUACUAUCCUCAAAGACAUCUGUAUGCACUUAUUUAAAAAAAAUGAUAAAAAUAGUAGACAUUAUGUUAAAACAUAUUUUAAGAGAAAUAAAGAAAUGUCUGCAAUCCGUGGGAAUAGUAAAGAUGAUAAGUUUGAGCGUUUUAGAAGAGCAUUGAUUCAAUUAAACAUUAGGUCUUCAGAUUUGUUUUGUGUUUCGGCUUACACCUCUGAUAAUAUAAAGUCGAUUUACUCAAAAUUAUGUGGUGCAAUGAAACUUAAGAAUUCAUUAAAAAAUCGUAAAAAGCUUCAAACUUAUUGGAAGAGACACCACCAUAAUUUCAUGUUAUGUUCACCCCCCACUUCUGUCAAUUUAAAGGAAAAUAAAUCUGAUAAGAUUGAGAAUUUCACACCAGAUGAUAACGAAUCAGAUAAUAAUUCGUUUAAAACGAAUAAUUCUGAUAACGCAAAUAGUGUUCUAGGGAGCACUGAAAAAAAUAAUCAGCAAGAGAAUUUAUUUGCUCCCAUAAGCUCUGAAAAACAUGACAUACCGAAAGAAAUUCAAAUGUUGAAAUUUGAUGAUAAAACCGACAGCAAAACUCUUUUACCGAUCGGCACUACAAAUAUGCGUGAUGAAAAUCAUGAAAGACCAUCGUUUUCUAAAUGCAAUUAUUUUGAAGGAACUUUUCAAAUUUCUGUCGAAGAGUAUAAUUGUAUUACAGAUAAUAAUAGUUUGAUUCCACAAAAAUAUGCUUAUCUAAUUAAUGAAAAAUUUCAAAAAGUUAAUUCCACUUGCAAAUUAUAUUUUAAGGAAUCUUUUUACUCGGAGAGAAAAGAUACUUUGACCGUAUAUUGUUAUUGUAUUCAUAAGCAAUGUAAAAGUUUUAAAUUAUUAAUAUUAAACCCAAGAAAAGAGAUCCAUUACCUUAAAGUUGAAGUAUUGAGUAGCUCGCUAAAUUUUAAUCAUCUUUACAAUUUAACAUCGCAGCUGAGAGGUGUAGAACGACAAAUGGUAGGUAAUUCCUUGACUUUUAUGAAGCCAAUGCGUCGUCGUCAAAAAGAUACUUUAUCAUUAUCUUCAUCGUCGGUUGAGCUGGGAAAUCUCAAUGUAAAAUCAGACUGUGUGUACCGGUGUGUACGGUCUGAACAACUUGCGAAAAAUGACCGAGAUAAGGAUGAUAUCCUCGAUGUAAUAGAAAUGCAAAAGGAUCACCCUGACUAUAUUUAUUCUGUUGGAUCACCGUUUUUCGUUUAUAUAUUUAGCAAGGAACAAAAUUAUUUAAUUGCAAAGCUCGCUCAGCCAAUUAUUCACAUAGAUGCUACUGGCAGCAUUAUAAGAAAACCAUCCGAAAAGAGCAAAAAAGUUUAUUAUUACGCUGGCGUGAUAAAAAUUCCAGAAAAUAACAGAAUUUGUGCUGUUUUUGAGAUGGUGUCUUCAAAUCACGAUGCUUGCUGCAUUGCUUCAUGGCUAUUCAAUUUUAAAAAUUAUUUUGUCCUAAACAAACAUCAUUGGCCACCGUUUACAAAAGCAGUUGUUGAUUUUAGCUUUGCUUUCAUCAACGCAAUACUGAACGCUUGGAAUAACAUGGAUUUGGUGAUGUAUUUAAAAAUUACAUUUGAUAUGGUGCGAUAUAAAACAAAAAUACCAGAAAACAUCAUCCAAAUCCAUCUUUGUUGCUUUCACGUAUUUAAACUAUUUUCGAUGUUAAUUUCUGAACAUUACCCAGAACAAUGCAGAAAAAUGAUGAAGGAAAUCGUUGCGGUUGCCUUUAAUUUAAAUUGGAACAAUUUUUGUAAAUGGUUUAGAAAUUUUUAUAUCAUUACUAUGUCAGAGGUUCAUAGCCAGGAUAUUGAAGAUGCCAUUGAAAAAAUUGCGGGAUUGUCCCUAUAUCCUGAUACCCUUUUAGAAAAAAACGAACUAACGAGCCAGCCCGAACAAACUCAUCAGACUAACAAAGACACACAAUAUGAAAAAAGUGCAUUCAGUCAAUACUUCACAACAUUUGUAACCACGAUUUCCUUAAAAAUUUGCGAUUCAGAUGUCACACAAAAAAAUAUUUACUAUAACAAACAGUUUUAUGAAAUAUUUUUUAAAAGAUAUAUUCCAUAUUUACCUUUAUGGAGUGGAAUUUUAUCUGAUGGAUUGCGGCUCAGUAAUGCACCAGCUGAAAGAUGGUUUGGAUUAAUAAAAAAUGAUGUUUUAGAUAAAAUUGUUAACCAAAAAUGCAGUAGGGUUUUAAGAAAAAUUCGAAAUUAUGUAACAUUCCUUGCCAAAGAAAAUAUUUUAAAUGUUAGAAAUCAGAGAUGCGCGAAGUCAGAUUUCUUAUUAGGUGAUCAAGGUCUUCAUUCGCAGGAGACCUGGAAUAAAAAAAUCAAAAUUGCAAAGCCCUCUAACUUUCAGGGAAAUGAAUUAAAAAAAAUAUUGGAAUUUAAAACCAUUCGUAAGGAAAACUCAGAUGUAGAAAACGUGAUAUGUGUUUAUUGUAGGCUAUAUAAUGACGAUAAUGCGUCUGGACCUAUAGACUGGUUGCAAUGCGAUAAAUGCAACAACUGGAUUCAUAAAUUGUGCGCUGAAAAAACUAACAUUUCUCUCAAUUCAGACACAUUUUUCUGUUUCAAAUGUAGCUCAUCUUACGAACCCCCUCCAAUGGACAAUAUGGACAUAAUUAGUUUGGGUAAUACUGAUAAUAAAAACAGUAACAUUGACACCUAUAUGGAAUUCUUCAAAAAAAAUUUUACUGAAAAUUUAGAUAAUUUAAUGUCAAUUGAAAUAAAAACCAGGGGUCAAAGAAACAAUAACGAAUGGCUAAGUGAACGGAAAAAAAGGGUAACAGCUUCCAAUUUUGGAGCUAUUUGUAAAGCCCGUACUGAGAAGUCCCUACUUUCUAUUUGCAAAAAUAUUAUAAAUUCCAAGUGUUUGGAUUUUGUACCAAGUAUUAAACAUGGCAUAGAAACGGAAAAAGUGGCAUUAAUAAAAUACGAACAAAUUACCGAUAUUGUUUGUCAGGCAUCCGGGCUCCAAAUUCAUCCGAAGUACCAAUUUCUAGCAGGAUCUCCUGAUGGUUUGGUAGGCACCGAUGGAAUUAUAGAAAUUAAAUGUCCGUUUCUAAUUAGAAAUGAAAGCCCAUACGAGGCAAUACAGCAAGGAAAACUGAGAUAUAUGGAUAAAAAUGGUUCUCUUAAAACAAAUAGUGAAUACUAUUAUCAGAUUCAAGGUCUUCUUGAAAUUACGAACAGAGAAUGGUGUGAUUUUUUCAUAUACACUAAUAGAGAAACACUAUUGCGCAGAAUUUACAGAAAUAAAGAAUUUUGGAUUGAUAUGUUCCACAAGCUUAAGGCUUUUUACUACUUUUACAUGAUCCCUUCGUUAGCAAAAUCAAUGGCAGUUGAAAGUCCUAUUAAAUGGAAUACCCAAAAAAAAAUUGAAUUUUUUGAUAACGGAUUAGUUAAUGACUUUAAUUAUUAUUUAGCUGAUAUAAAAAAGCCUAUUUAUAUAUGUUUUUACGCAGACGCUCCUUGUGAAAUAAGAGAACUAACGAAAGAAGACCUAAUUACGCUAACAGGAACGCAGUGGCUAAACAACUUCGUUGUUGAUAUUUGCCUAUAUAUAUUUAAUAAUGAAAAUAUAUUCAACGUUAUUACAUGUAAUUUAUCAAAAAUAAUUCUGUGCGAUGGAAUCGUCAAUGACUACAUACUACAGCAAAUUCAAAUUUUUGAAAAUGAUACCGUAAUUAUGCCAUUUUUGAUAAAUAACAAUCAUUAUUGCCUUGCAUUGUGUGAUUUCGAAAAAAAUGAACUUACUUAUAUGGAUCCAUUUGGAAAUGAAAAUAUGACAUCUCACCCAGCAAAGAUUUAUAAAAACUUUUUAAAUUUUUUGGAAAAAUAUAAAGUAGUUAAUAAAAGCUCACCUAUUUGCACCAAUAAUUGGAAACUUGUUUUCAAAGAGCACGCCAAUCAAAGAGACUCACAUAAUUGCGGCGUUUAUAUAAUAUAUUAUUUUUCACAACUAACGACCUACCAGCCAAUGAAUCAAGAAAUUAACGUGAAUCAUUUUCGAAGAAACUUAUUAUUCAAAUUAUUAGAAAGAUCGGACGAUGUUAAAAAUAGAUGCAUCUACUGUGGAAACAGAACAAUAGACAACGUUAUCCAAUGUCAUUUCUGCAAAAGGCAUUUUCACAAAAAACUUGGCUGUUUAAAUGUUGCAGAAUUUAAGCAAGGUAUUUGUGACUUGUGUUCAAAAUAUUAA